GAAAAAUAUAAUCUUACAAGAAUGGUUUUCUCUAAAAAGUUUCAAUUUCUGAUUCCCUUUUUCCUCUUUAUGCUGCAUCUCCAUGCAUCCACUGCACAAAACAUAGGAGGGUAUUGGUUCGCUGGUAGUGGUUUUCCUGCAUCAAACAUCAACUCCACAUUGUUCACCCAUCUCUUUUAUGCCUUUGCCGACAUUAACUCUAUCACUUACAAUGUCACAAUUUCCUCUUCAAACUCUGUUCAGCUCUCAACCUUCACCCAAACCGUUCAGCAAAAGAACCCUUCUGUUAAAACCCUAUUAUCCAUAGGAGGUGGAGCUUCCAAUUCAUCAACCUUUUCAGCAAUGGCAAGUCAACCCAGUUCGCGAAAAUCGUUCAUCGACUCGGCAAUACAGCUAGCCCGAUCAAACAACUUACACGGCAUUGACGUGGAUUGGGAGUCUCCAUCAACUCCGUCAGACAUGCAAAACUUUGGCCAACUCGCCAGAGAAUUCAGAACAUAUCUGCUUAGCGAAGCUAGAGACUCAGGGAAGUCAGCUUUGCUCCUUAGUGCUGCCUUAUUUCGCUCUUCAAACUACUACUCAUUGGAUUUGCCUGCUAAAGCAAUCAAUGAUAGUUUUGACUUUAUAAAUGUAAUGACUUAUGAUUUCCACGGUCCAAAUUGGUUCCCCAAUAGAACGGCACCACCGGCUGCGUUGUAUUUUCAGCCAAAUUCUGGAGCCUACCAAGUCGGCGGAGAUCAAGGAAUCAGUUCUUGGAUUGCAGCCGGUGUUUCUCCACGAAAAAUAUCAAUGGGUAUACCCUAUUAUGGCUAUGCAUGGCGUUUGAGAAAUGCUAGUAACAAUAGAUUGUAUGCUCCGGCUAAUGGUUCUGCCUUUGGUGGAGAUGGGUCCAUGGGGUACAACCAGAUUAGGGCAUUUGUGAGCCAGAAUGGAGCUCGGUGUGUGUACAACUCAACCGUGGUCACAGAUUAUUGCUCUUCUGGGACAACAUGGAUUGGCUACGAUGAUGUUCAGAGUGUAACUGCUAAGGUUAAUUAUUGCAAGAGUAAGGGUUUGUUUGGCCAUUUUGUUUGGCAGGUCGGUGCUGACAACAAUUGGAAUCUUUCUCGAACAGCUUACAAUACGUGGAAGAUGUAGGUACUAUUAUACCAAGAGUUCAAAUGUAAAAAGUCAUGCUUUGACUUCAUGAAUAAAUCUCAGGUGCCAUGUCCUCUUAUUACAAAGAUAAAUAAAUAUAUGUAUUUGUGUUCUUCGGUGGUUAUUAUAUAAUUUUUAUGUGAUGUUUGUAAUAUCUUCAAUAUAAUAAUGUCAUAUUCAAAGGUUGCUAAUAAUAUUUAUCUCUUUUAA